AUGACUGCCACCGUCUACUACACCGACAAGCCCGCCUCCGACAAGGCCGGGUCGGACAACCGAGAGGACACCCCAGUCUAUACUGAAGAGCAGCCAUCACAGACUCAAGAGAGACAACCUCCCGCCUACUCAGACGACCCCGCCAUGUACGCAGCUCAAGAGCCCCAGCCCAUCCCAGAGAAAGACAUCGCAAAGCGACGAACCCUCCGGGAGCGUCUUCACAAGAUCACCAUCGCAACUGGAAAGCCCGUCAACAAGCUCACCAACAUCAUCGGCUCCGAGGGUUGGUGGCCCACAUCCGUCGAAGAUGAGUGUGUCAAGGCCGCUCGAAUCCUCCAUUCCUUCACAAACCUCGACAGCUCCUCCCAACCACCCAACUCCAACGGCCCCAAGCACCCGACCGGCCUGACCCGCAAGUCCAUGGUCAAGAUUCCCCCCAAGGUCCUCCACAACGCCGCCGGCCUCGCCAUCUUCAACACCGCCCGCGUAGGCGCCUGGCACGGCUCCCUCGCCGGCGGCUCGGGCCUCGUCACCGCCCGCAGACCGGACGGCACCUGGUCUCCCCCCUCGGCCUUCCUCGUCACCACCAUCGGCGCGGGCUUCAUGUUCGGCCUCGACGUCUACGACUGCGUGUGCGUCCUCAACACGCCCGCCCAGGUCGCCGCCUUCGCGAAGCCCCAGGUGGCGCUGGGCGGCAACUUUGGCGUCUCGCUCGGCCCUGUGGGGAGCGGCAGUGCCGUCAACGCCGCGGUGACGAGCCCCGGGCGGCCGGCGUGGAGCUACAUCAAGAGCCGGGGCAUCUGGGCGGGCGUGCAGGUCGACGGCACCGUGAUUGUGAACCGGGCGGAUGCCAAUGCCGUCUUUUACGAGGAGCGGGGGAUCACGGCGCAGAGGAUCCUGCAGGGCGAUGUGGCGUGGCCCAUGGGAUCCCGACCUCUCUUCGAGGUGCUCAAGGCCCUGGAGGAUGGGAGAGGGUACGCUCCCAGCGUUGUGGAGGAGGGGGCCGCUGCCCCCCUUCCUGCUCGGGAUAUGCCUAUCAUGGACGAGAAGCAGGCCAUCAUGCCCGAGGUCAGGGUUACUGACACUGAGGAGACGGAGCAGGUCCCUGCGUACUCGGAUAAGGAUGAGGAGCUGUAUGCUUCGUCUCUUGCUGACGAGAAGGAGAGACUUGCUAAGGCUGACGAGAAGCCAGCGCAGUGA